UAACUUAUAUUUUAUUUUAGAAAGCUAGAAAAAAUUAAUUAUUUCGGUAAAAUUGUUCCAAAGAUUGUUUUAAAUUGUAAGCAAAUGAAACAAAACUGAUCCCCUUUUGUCGUAGUAAUGCGUACGCCCAUGGUUGGUAGUUCAAUUAAGCAAAAGUCAGCUGACGCCUUGUUUUAGCAGCAAUAACAACGAUGGCUCCGAGAAACAAUCACGAUCCGACGUCCUCCGGCGAGUCGGGCAACACAAAUGUCCAGGAGGCCGAUCUACAAGAGAUGGAGGAUGUCAACCAGAGCCUGGACGCUCUAAGUUGUGCCUUGGACGCCGUGGAGCAACGCACCGACGACAUCUUGUCGCAGUUGCGUGAGCUCCUCGACUCGAAUCGAGAAAUACGACGUCAGUUAGCGCAGGAAAAAGACAGUGCUUCUGAGGAGCAAAGCGAGGAUGAUGAAGACAAAGAUGAUGACAUGGAGGGACAGCCGGGUAAUGCAAGUCUACCCAGCGCCAAUAUCAAUUGAAUUCAUAAUUUUGUU